AGGGUAGAAGUUUGAGACCAGCCUGGACAACGUAGUGAGACCCUGUGUCUACAGUAAAAAACAAAAUGCAUGGCGUGCCUACUGUGGGCCAAGAGCCUUUCCAGGCACCGGGUUUUGGCAAGAGCAGCUGGUUCCGUUCAUAUGGCCUCCCUGCUUGUUAAAAUCGUGAAAUAUUUCCUACCACUUGGUAAAUUGCUCUUGUUUUGAGUCCUCUCCCCCAACCCCAGGACACACUGGCCUCUCUCUUGGGGUCCCCAGAUCUCCCCAGCAUCUAGGACUAAAGAGUUAACCCCUGGGACAGCAAGAGGCUCCAUUCUGACUGGUCAGGUCUCUGCCAUAUUGGAUAUAAAUAUUCCGAACGUUACCCGCGGGUGGAGCAGCUGGGAGUCUUCUCUUCCCUGCCGGAGGCCAGACCAUGGCUGCCUGGCUUCCCGCCUCCUGACGAUGGCCCAGCCAGAGGACAAGGCCCCUCCAGCCCCCACCGAAGGGGAGAGGCUGGCCCCAUCACAGGUGAAUGGAGCAGGCGACACCCCUCUAGGGCUCCUCAGCAGCCCGGGGUCACUUCUUCGCCUACAGAGGACACAGGGGGUGUGGCAGGUCCCAGAGCUGCGUGCCCGGGACGCAGAGGCCCUCGUGGAGCUGUGGCCACCGGGGAGUUUCCUGGUCACAGGAUGUGACCCCAGCCACUUCUUGGUGUUGAGGACAGGACCUUUGCCAGGGGAAGUCAACAGCUACCAGAUCCAGAAGUUUCCUGGAGGUAUGUCCCUGAAAUCUUCCAACCUCUGUAUGCCAGACCUGCCCCAUCUCCUGGCCUUCCUAUCAGCCAGCAGGGACGUUUUGCCCAGAACGCUGCUCUUGCCCCCUCCCACUCUGGGGCCAGGACAUGAACACACAGAUUCUCUGCAGACUGGCGGGGUCCAACCGGACUCCUCAAGGAGGGUGCUUUCCGUGGUCAACCGGCUCUACCUGGACACCCACGGAGCCUGGGGUACAGGGCAGACCCCCAAAGCAACGGAGCCAGAGCCGGCCCAGGCACCGGAGCCAGCCCCCAGGAGCGCCGCCCCUCACAGGGUCUCCUGGGUGGAGGGCCGGCUCAGCCCGGAAGCGCGCCAGCCCGGCCCGGCGCUGGCCAGCUUGGUGGAGGAGGACGAGGACCGGGACAGUGACGACUACAAAGAUACGGAGGAAGACCCCGAGGAUGAGCUGACCGUCCACGUCCAGGCCCUGGCCAGGGCCCGCAGCAGCUACGUGGGCCGGCAGUACCGCAGCCUCCGGGCGCGCCUCACCUCCCAUUCCGCGGGUCCCCACCGGCCCGGGGACCCAGCCAUCGAGCUGCUGCAGGAUGUGCGGCAGCUCCUCACCGACCUCCAGGAUCACUUGGCGAAGGACCCCAACGUCAGGGCUGUCUUUGGGAGCAGGCGGCCUGGGGUGCCCCAGAAGGAGGAGGAUCUGGGCCCCGCGGUGGAGGCGGCUGUGUGCAGGGCCGUGCUGGCGCCCCUGAAGCCGGCCCUGUGGACGCGACUCCGCACGCUCCGCGUCCGGGAGCUGCGGCAACUGCGGCGGCGACAGAUAGCCCUGCGGGUGGGGGCGGGGCCUGAGGGGCAGAACCCGGCCCCCGCCCUGCGGAGCCGCAUCCACGCGCGCCUCGCUCACCUCCACGCCGCCUGCGCCCCGCGCCGCAAGGUGGCGCUCCUGCUGGCGGUGUGCAGUGACGUCUACGCGGGCCUGGCUCGGGGUGAAAACCAGGAGCCCCUGGGGGCCGACGCCUUCCUGCCCGCGCUGACGGAGGAGCUGGUCUGGAGUCCGCACAUCGGGGAGACGCAGCUGGACGUGGAGUUUCUCAUGGAGCUCUUGGACCCGGACGAGCUGCGCGGAGAGGCCGGGUACUACCUGACCACGUGGUUUGGGGCGCUGCACCACAUUGCCCACUACCAGCCCGACGUGGGGCGCGCGCCCCAGGGGCUCAGUUCCGAGGCCCGCGACUCCCUGCGCCAGUGGCACCGCAGGCGGACGCUGCACCGACAGGACCGCCCCGGAGCCCAGGCCGAUCUGCCCUUUGAGGAGCCCUGGGCGGUGGGGACUGUGGCGGGGCCCACGCAUGAUUAGGGGCCUCAAACCCCUCUGCUCCUCAAGCAAGACGCGGGAGGCAGCUGGGACCGCACCUGGAACCACACCGAGUCCUGACCCGGUUUACGGGCAGCGAGGAGGAGGAGGAGGCCCCAGGAAAAGGGAAGGGCGCACCUCUGGGCCUUUGCACUGGCUGUUCCUGCCCCCUGGAAUGCCCUUCCCGAAUACCCCCUCUGCUCCCUCUCCCGCCCCUCCGUCAGGUCUUAGCACGGAUGUCACACCCCUGUCUAAAACUGCAACUCCUCUCACUUGACUCUCCCCGAGGUGGCCAGAAUAGUGUCCCCCCAAAGAUGUCCCUGUCCUGAUCCCCAGAAUCUGAUUUUACUUUACACGCUCAAAGGGACUUUGCAGGCCCGGUUCCUGUUGCAGGGGGGUUAUGCCCUGCGUGGGGUUGCAGGCAGUCAGGAGGUCAGAGCUGGAGAAGGAGGAGUGGCCAUGCAGGUAGGGUGGCAGUGACAGGACCAAGAGCCAAGAGACUCAGACACCCUUGAGGCUCAAAAAUAGGAAGGGAUUUUCCCCUGGAGUCUCCAGAAGGAACUCAACCUUUGAUUUUAGACUUGUGACCUCAAAAAUGACUGUAAGAUAAUACAUUUGUGUUUUCUAAGGCUCUAAGGUUAUGGCAAUUUGUUAUAGCAGCAAUAAACUAAUACCCUUCUUUA